CGCCGCGCCAUCCACGGCGGCCGACCGCAGCCCGACCCGCCCAGCUGCAGCACCCAUCCAGCGCCCGGCAGCUGCGCCGGUGAAAGCUAGCCACGUGCAUGGCUGCAGAUUCGCGAGGCGGAGGAGAGCAUGAGCUAGCAACAGGUGUGCAGGCGUGGACCAGCAGACAGAGGCAGAGCCAGUCAGCAUGCUCAAGUGGCUGUCCGGGGCGAGGCCCAAGGGUCCGCAGCCGGCAGAGGUCGUCACCGACGACCCGCUCGCCACCAUACACGUCACGGCGGGGGGCAAGCUGGACGGGCCGCUCGAGAUCUACGCCGUCAGCAGGGUGAACCCCAUCUUCGACGAGGGCGGCGGCUCGGCAGAUCGGCGCGGGGGCGGCCGUUGCGACCGCGGCGGCUCUUCUGGGUACGGCAGCAGCGGCAGCGGGGGCGGCAGCGGGGGCGGCAGCGGAGCCAGGUCGCCGUGCGCCAGCUCGUCCGGCGGCGAGUCCCCCAAGCAGUCAGCACCGCCCACCCCGGAGCAGGCGUCGCCCACGAGGACGCCGGCUACGAUGCCGGCCGGCCGCUGCUCGUCGCUGCAGACGAGAUCUCCGGCGCCCCCGCGGCACGCCUGCUCGCCCCCGGCCUCGCCGCCUCCCCCGCUCACGCAGGCGCGGCCGCCGCCUCCGGACACGCCGGCGCCCCCGCCCCCCGGGGGCAGUGGGUGCUCGCGGCUGUGUCCCAUCCCGGAGGGCUGGCCCGUGGGAGUGCCGCGUCCCAUCUGGCCGCCGAAGCACCUGGAUGCGCUGUACGCCGCGCUGGCCAAGCACACUGAGCACGAGCCCGCCGCCGCCGUCGCAGCCGCUGGCGCCGUCACGGCGCGGGACCACGCCAGCGACACCGCCUCCUCGUCCGCCAGCAGCGGCUUCGGCGAUGACCACCCGCCUUGUCUCUCCACCAGGCUGGUGUGUGGAGAACGCUGUUCGGCGAAGUCGAUGUCGUCGUCGCGGGAGAAGCUGCUGUCGGCGCGCCCGGACGCCGGUGCUGGCGUCGGCGUCGGGGGCGUGUUCGCGACGGCGGGGGCGGCGGCGGCGGCGGCGGUGGCCGCGAGUGGACACUGGCCCGGCGUUACGCCUGGCGACGUCUGCCUGCAGUCCAAGGACGGCGUCCUCUGGAAGCCGGACUUCACGCUGGACAAGGCGGCGGCCGAGCGGCUGAUGCGCAACAUCCAGAAGGCGAAGCGGCGCCGCUGCGUGUGCCACGCGGCCACCUCCUUCCUGGGGCUGGCCGUCUUCCUGCUCUCCGUGAUGCUGGUCAGCCUCGCCAUGACGGGCGGACGCCGCUACUUCGGCUCCCUCUGAUCUGGCCCGACCCGAUGUGAUCCAGGUCGCAAUCCCGCCUACGCUUCAGCCUCUGCGAGAAGGGACCGCCGACGAAACCUGUGUCUGUGAGAGUCCGUGUGCAUUCCCGCUGCAGUGUAGCAUUCGUCGUACCUGACUGCAAGACAAUUUGACGCACUGGUGCUAGAUGAUUUCGUCCCCGAGAGAAACAGAAGGCAGGAACCCUUCCAUAUUUAGAAAUCCGUAUAACCAUAAAGUGCUGCAGUAUUUCGCCGCCCAAAUACAAAAUGCUCUGUCCAUUUAUAAUCAGGAAUGAAAAAUUUCCUCACCCUCGACAUAAAACACAUAUUUGAUACAGAAUCUCUGCUUCACUUCGCUAUUCGCUAAGAUUUCAUUUAUUUCACUCAAGACCGUGUCAGAUGAUAGUUAAAUGGCACCACGUCAUCUAACUAGAUAUCAGAGGCACUGAUCACUUUUUCUUCCCUCCAAUCUGGGUGUGAUAUAAUAGCGUGAACGUUGAACGUUUACUGUUGCAAUUCUUUGGCACCGACAUACAAUCGACGGUAGUAAGAAGGAAGGAAGGUAGGUUAGGCCUUAACUUCCCGACGACACCGAGGUCAUUAGAGACGGAGCACAAGCUCGGACUGUUUCAAGGAUGGGGAAGGACAUCAGCUGUGCCGUUCCGAAGGAUUCAUCCCCGUAUUUGCCUGGAGCGCUUUAGGGAAAUCACGGUAAAUCUAAAUCUGGAUGGCCGGAUGCGGAUUUGAACCCUUGUCCACCCGAAUGCCAGACUGGUGUUCUAACCGCUGCACCACCGCACUCGGUCCAAAAGUAGUCAGUAGAUGGGAACAGACUGUAUGUAUCUUCAGCAACAAUAACUAACCUUUGCUCUGAAAUAAUCCUUCAGCAAAUGAGCAGACACAAUGUCACUGUUGAAUCUUUUCAUUUUUAAACCAUAUUUUUUUUAAACGAAAACUGACGUUUAUGCUGUAAAAAUACACAAACUUUUCCACGGUCAUGAAAGAAUUCAACUUCACUUCUUCGAAACGUUUAAGCGUCGAUUAACUUUUUGCUCGUAUUAAUACAGUGUUUUCCAAUCUAUACAUUACGUGAAACCCAUUUUAAUGUCCAUUUUUAUGGCGGAAACCCUGGUCUGUUUCUGUAGUAUGGUUUUAAUUUUGUAUAUAUGUUACAAAACGUAACAUGCCUCAUGUUUAUGAUGACAAACAAUAAAGUGCAGUACUUGUGGGUGCAUUCUGUGAUAAGGACGAUGGUGGCGCUUCGAAUCGCCUGCUACAAUCACACCUUGUGCACUUGUUCCCUCACUACUGAGUUUAGCGACUACAUGGUUGUCUCCCAGUCCACGAUAUAAAUGUAAACGUCGUGUGACUAGGGCCUCCCAUCGGGCAGACCGUUUGCCGGGUUAAUACAGCGCAUUCGUAACGACUAUCCAAAAUAGUAAGUGGAAGCGAGGUUUAGAUGUCAUUCUAUUUCUGUAAUGUCAUAGAAACAUUAAUUUUCAUUUCUUGAAUGUAAUGAAAAAAGUAACGUAAAGUUUGCAGAACUCUUUCAGGGAUCUCCACGGAAACACAGGGUUACGCAAAACAUAGUUUAAGAAAGCUGCGUUAAUGGAUUUCAAAACACAAUUCUCAUUUCUGACACUGGCAGCACUGCAUCACCAGUAUGGAGACUUAAUUCCGUCGUUGUACCGUACUGAGUGAGAUGGAGCACUGGUUAACACGUUUGGUCUCAUGAUCACGAGGAGUGGGCAUACAAGUGAAUCCACGUUCACAAGUUCAGUCACCAAGAUUUAGACUUUAUCUGGCUUUCCUAAACCGAAUAAGGUGAGCACAGGGAUGGUGUAUUUGCAAAGGAUGCGGUCAGAUUCUUUAUCCAUCCUUUCUCUAAUGACCUCACCCGUUAGUAACACAGUAAACAAAAAUCUUCCUUCCUUAUAACCAUGUUUCAUCCAAGACGUUUGUCGCUCCACUGCCCACAAAGAAAAAUUACGCAGAUUCUACGGCUGUACUACUUGUUUGCACGAAUUUCAUAAAUUUCCGUAAAGCCUUGUCCUGAAACAUAGUCAGUGCCUCUUUGCCCUCAAUGCACGAACGCCUACCUGCCCCCCCCCCCCCCUCCCCCUAAGACCGUGUGCCUUCUGUAUCUCGGGGACUGCUCAACAACUUUCGCUACGCGUGCUGUGUGGAAACUGAUAGCUCGACAUCAGAGAGUUCUCCUCCUCUUUGCCGCGCUGGUGCUGCACCAAGCGGGUGCUUAGAGGUGGUUUUAGCCCCAGCAGAGGCACCAGUAUCUGACCGCUCGACGUUUCCCCGUGAGAUUCGGCUGUUACACGAACGACCGUUUGCGCGGAAGAAUGGACAGAUCGCUGCCAUGUUGGACGAACCACGUCUUUUUCUUUCUGCGCACUGAACGACAGCGGCCUUCUCAGUUCCCACCAGCCCGGAGACGCGGUGAGGUAAAGGAGAGGCCGAGGGUCUGCGAAGAAUUUCUGGUCUCCUUGUGAUAAAAGAAAGACUUUUCAUUCUUCGACACUGUCCGGCCCUCUGGUCAGGGCUAUAAAGUAUUUAUUCUGUAGAUAUGUAGAUACGUUAAGUCCGUAACCAUUAAGUCAUCAGGCUUGUAUUAUAUAUUUAUUUAAGUAAUUUAAAGGUAUUUAAACAUCAAGUACUUCUGAAACUGCAUGUCGUUCGACAAAUUGUGGUGUGAAUGUGGCUAAAGUUUGGGUAUUGCAAAUGAGCUGGUAAUAAUACAACUGAUUUCAUACGCUUUUUAUUCGCCUGUAUGGCGAGAUACGCUUCACUACAAACGACGUUUGACCAGCCAUCUGCGCCAUGAAAAAAAUACCAUAUCAUUCUUACUGUAUGUGUGUCCGUGAAAGCAAAGAUUUUUAUGCUCAUCUAGCCACGACUAUGUAUACCCCAAUGGAAACUUUCGUUGUAAUUUGUGAAUGAUUCUAGUAUUACACUUUUCUGUUUCAUUGUAACUACUUGAUUACAGGGUGCAAAUCCAAUGUGUACACAAUAUUUUAUGAUAGCUUUAACGAGGCCCGGACAGAAACCAGAACUAAGUACGCUGAAGCACGACGAAACGCCUGAUGUACAAGCCAAGUGAAAUGUGUAAGGGACUUUUGGAGUGCGUGAAGUAUUGGAUGGCGGUUAACGCCAUUGUGAUUUUUGUAUGUGUAUUUUGUGAUGUCACAGAUGCUUGGAAUGUCUGAUACGUUUCAAGCUGCACUUAUUUUCUAUGUCAUUAGAGUGUUAGAUUAUGAGUUUAGUAUAUAGGAGCCAGACUUAUUCUGGCAAAUGUGCCUAUUCGGAAUACUCCUUUUAUGAGCGAACAUAGCGGUUGCAUGUGAUCUUGAGUUUGGACGCUCCACCAAGUGCCAAACCACGAAUUGCCAGCGUUCUCCAUCCUAUGGACAGAAUGUCAUAUGCAUCCUAGUUUUCGUACUACUUGACCAUCAUUAACUUCAAAAAUAGAAAACGUAUGCGAAAAUAAAUCUUUUUCGAACACUUCUUUGGUAAAAAAAUCGUAUUAGUAUCUCCUAAGUCUUCUCCUCUUAUAACGAGAGUAUAAUUCCUUAGAAAUUUCUUGUACAUUUAGAGACAUCCGGAAUACGAUACAAUCUUACAGUAAACACUCUGUUUACCAGCCUGGAUGAUUUGUGGUUCAAGGUUCCUGAAUACUGCAGUGACUGUACGUUAUAGCGACACAAUGUCCUAGGGGAGACGCUGGUGAAUCGUAUUGUAGACUGUACGAAUGAGUUCGAAUAUACCACCUAUAGCAGUAGAUGUAAUAUUUAACAAUCUCAAUAAAAAUAUCUGUAUAACUAA